AGCGACGCGUCGGUGCUGAGUGAGGACCCGCGUGGGGGUUAAGGGUGGCCGGCGGAGGCAAGAUGGCGUCGCGAUGGCUGCUAGCGGCAGCAGUUCGAGGACGUCGGAGUUUGGGGGAUCUGCGGCCGCAGGUGGCUCAGAUCCAUACAAGUUCCCAGAGAAAGAUCAUCUAUGGGUGGUGGGCCUACGUCCUAGGAGAAAGAACAUUGAGCAAAUUCAAAGAGAACAGUAAAAUCAUCACUGUUGAAGGGAACUUAGCUUCCGGGAAAGGUGACUUCGCCAAAAGACUAGCUAACAAACUAGACAUGCUGUACCUCCCAGAGGUUGAUGUCCAUUACUGGGAUUGGAAGACGGGUGAUGGCAAGCUAUUAAGUACCAAAUUUAAUGGUAACUGCAGUGUGGAAAAAUUCUACGCUGAUCCCAAAUCUUCGGAUGGUAAUUCCUACCGGCUGCAAGCCUGGAUGUACCAUCUUCGCACGCUGCAAUACUCAGAUGCACUGGAGCAUCUGCUCGAGACAGGGCAAGGUGUGGUGUUGGAGCGAUCGCUGUAUAGUGAUUAUGUUUUUCUGAUGGCGAUGUUCAAGCAAGGCUAUAUCCGGAAAGAAUGUGUCAAUCAUUAUAAUGAAAUAAAAGAGAAUAGCAUUUGUGAGUUCCUGCCUCCUCACCUGGUUAUCUACCUGGAUGUACCUGUUGAGGAAGUAAAGAAGCGAUUGAAACAGCAUGGAAAGAAAUAUGAACAGAAUAUUUCUACAGCUUAUCUGCAAAGCAUCGAAGAGGUCUACAAGAAGUCGUUCAUUCCAGAGAUUCGUGAGACAUCUAAGGUUUUGCAGUAUGAAGCUAUAGAGCUUCCUGAUGAAGAACAGGUCAUGGAAGACAUCAGCCUCUUGAAGUGGGAUAAGGGACCAUGGCUGGAGCAAAGUAACAUUUCCUUCCAUAUACUCAGACAGCUGGUUCAGGACAAAUCACGCAUAGCUGACCUGACAUCAAUCCCCAGAUUCCUUCCGGAGAUCACAGUGGGAGCCCAUGAGUUUGAUGAAAUGUAUCACGCUUACAAGCAGCUCCCGGGUCGAAAGUAUGAGAAAGGUUUCAAUGCUGACGUUGGGGACAAAUGGAUCUGGUUAAAGUAACUGUGCAGCUUCCAAAAGAACAAUUAAAAUUGAUUUAAGAGGAACAGAAAGUGGUAAGGAGAGGGAACUCUUUGCUCUCAUGUGAAAAACUGGUGUCCCACUGAGCUAAGCACAGCAAACCUGUCUGCAGUUGCUCUCAGUCUGUUCAGAAUUUUGAGCACCUUAUUAAUUGACAGGUAUCUAAUAAAACUUAACAUUGAACUCACUGGUGUCCUGUCAAUCUAA